GAUCUCGAAGAUUCCGUCGCCCGCCUAAAGCCGUGGCGUGGUGAGCUGAAUCAAACUGUCUUUGAUGGUUGGUCUCGCAUGGCACUCCCCUUACAAUCAUUCGUCAUUGUCGAGGUUGCAAAGCCAGCCCUUGGCACUGGACAUCCGGCUCGCGUUCGCGCCGAUAUUCGUGUGGCACUAACUGGCCUCAGAGAAGAAGUGCGUCGCGAGUGGGAGGGACUUCGCCGCCACGAUCCUGUCUUUUUGGUCACUGUGCGCCCAACACAACAGCAAGGCUGGCGGUAG